CUCAAAGUCUUUAUUUGGUUAUGUAAAUACAUCUUUAAUUAUUACAGAAAAAAAAAUAGUUUUUUAUUUUGUUUUACUUUUUUUUUUACAAAAUACUAUUUACAGAAAAAAAAAGAAGGGGAUAAAGAGAGAAUUACUGCAGGUCUACCAUUCUUCGCGAUUGUAUUUGCGCUCGUAUUUUUGAUUGAAAGCAGCCAAUUUUACUUGAUCUCCUUCUUUAACUUGCUGCCAUGGUUGGGAGUUAGUGUGGUGGUUCUAUACUACAUCUGGAGAACGAGAUUGAUGAAGACCCAUGAAGGCACUUCCUGAUAGAGCAACGUCCAAUAUUACUAUAAGAGGAUAAAUUUCAGGCUUGGAAGAAGUUUGUUUGAAGAAUUGUCGAAUUUGUCCCAUUAUUGCUAUUUAGACCUGAAGAACAAAAUAGGAAAUGUUAUUAUGCCCACCCUUCAAUUUCUUAUUUACUUUAUUAUAUUUAGUCUUCCCUCCCUUCUUUCUUAUUAUUUAACCGAGCUCAGAAUUCGAUUGAUAGUAUAAUAUUAGAAUUUAUUCCUUUAUAUAU